UGGUGAGUCGCUUGUAACAUAUUUUGGAAACUGACUUGAACUAGAAAAGGAAUUUUAACAUGUUAGAGAGUUCACGGUGAACGUCUUCAAACUUUUUUGGGUCUUAGGUAAACCGAAAGGAGAAUUUCCAGCAUGUCUCAGAGUCUGUAACCGAUUUGGAGCCUUUCAGGUUAAACCUCGCAGAAUCAGCAUGAACGAGCAGAAACUGAUGUUUAUAGACAUUGAACCUAAAUCCAAUCCCCCGGCUUCAGCUGAAGGUGGAGCAGAGAGGCGACUCUGGAAUCGCAGCGACAACACCUUCAGAUUUAACUUCUUCACCGACAGCUCUCCAGCACCUCUUGAGAAAACCCCUCCGUCUGACAGGAUCGAGCAAAACACAAGCCGGAUAUCUUUCACAGGGCAGGGCUCUUCUUUCGCCUUCAACUUUCAAAUCCCUGCUGAGACGUCGGAAGAAAAUAUGGACACAGCCGAGAGUGCCCCUUCUUCUGGCAGCCAACAGAAAGUUCAGGAGGAGAAACCUUUUCCGCAGGAGGGAACCUCUCCAUCUUCAUCUGUACAAUCAAAAGCAAAGAAGAAGAAGAAAUCUGGAAAGAAAAAGCCAUCGAGUCCAGAGCUGCAGAAGAAGCCGUCUGAGGAGUGUGAAGCCACUGAAGAGCCAAGUGCAGAGGAGCAGCUGAACAGGCAGCUCGACUGGUGCAUCGAACAGCUGGAACUGGGACUGAGGUCUCAGAAGGCCACACCGAAACAAAAGGAGGAGGCUUCCCGCGCUCUGAAGACGCUGCGCAGCUCCAAGGCCCCUCUGGUCAAGAAAAGACAGCUGAUGAGAGCGAUGACCGGAGACUACCGAAAAAAGAUGGAGGAAGAGAAGAGCAAGCAGUUCAAGCUCAUUCAGAGUGAAAUGGCCUCAGCUCAUGUCAAAGUUGCCUCAGAUUCACCGAAGAAGUCAGUCUUCCACAGAAAGGCCGAGGUCAAAGGUCAGGCAGCAGGCGCAGAGGAGAGCGUGCAGACCGCUGCAGCGCCGACGCCGCAGACUGACGAGCAGACGCCGGACUUUGUCUUUGUUCCAUCGAAGGAGGAGUUUCAGUUCAAUUUUCUGUGAUUUGCCUCCCUGAAGGAAAACGUCUGAUGAAGCGGUUUGCUGGAAUCCGUCUGAUAUGAACUGUAUGCUGGUCACUGCUUUGCAGACACAAACCAACUGCAUCAAAGAUAUCUGAAGAAAAACCAUCAAACCAAAAUAGUAAAACCUUCUAUUACUUUUCUGGAUUAACUUCUUUUAAUAAAAUGUUUUUUUGACGCUUUUGCUUGGAAUGUGUUUUCUGUUCACUAAUACACUUUCUUUUCAGUGGUUAAUAGUUUUCCAGUGAAAGUGUAAUUUCUCCUUCAGUUGCUGUUAAUCUUUUUAAU